AUGUCUUCUCAGCAGCAGCAGUAGAUCAAGUGCCUGCCCCAGAAGGCCUAGUGGCAGGAGGUGAAACAGUCCACCACUGUCAGGUGUCAAGAGACAGGUGUACCCCAGACAAAGGAUCCAUGUGCUCCCCAGCCCAAGAAGCAAUGCCCACCCAAGGGCACAGCCAUGCUCACCCAGCACAAGUGUUCCUCAGCCCAGCAAGCCCCUUAGAGUAAACAGAAAUGA